AUGGUCUGGACAGUGUGUAAUACCACCGAAGAGAAGGAAAAGAUCUCCGAGGCCGACCUUUGGGAUGGCGGCAUCACCUUCCAUGAGAUGGCCCUUAUCGUGGGCGGCGUAUGUGGCGUGCUUGCCUGCGCCGUCUCACUGUUCCUGAUCGUCGGUCAUGCAACGCAUUACAGCAAACCAGUCCAGCAACGGCAUAUAAUUCGCAUUCUCUGGAUGGUACCCAUUUACUCCGUUGUCGCAUGGCUCAGUAUCCUCUUCUACCACGACGCCGUCUACUUCGAGGUCCUCGGGGACUGUUACGAAGCGUUCGCGAUCGCCUCUUUUUUCUCCCUCAUGUGCUCGUACAUCGCCCCGGACUUGCAUAGCCAGAAGGAUUAUUUCCGCGGAGUGACGCCCAAGUCUUGGGUUUGGCCGCUGCCUUGGUUUCAGAAGUGGAAAUGCUGUUUCGGACAUCGUGGAGCCUGGCGGAACCCGCGCAGCGGCUUGACGUGGUUCAAUGUCGUUUGGGCUGGAAUUUUCCAGUACUGCGCGAUGCGUGUUCUGAUGACCAUUGUUGCGGUCGCUACCCAAGCAACUGGAAGAUACUGUGAAGAGUCGCUGAGCCCUGCCUUUGCGCAUAUCUGGGUCCUUGCCAUUGAAUCUGCCAGUGUCACGGUAGCCAUGUACUGUUUGAUUCAAUUCUACAUCCAGAUCAAGGACGACAUCGCAGAGCACAGACCUUUCAUGAAGGUUUUGUCUAUCAAGCUUGUCAUUUUCUUGUCAUUCUGGCAAACUACAUUGAUCAGUCUUCUGGUCUCAGGUGGUGCUAUCAAAGCAACAGAUAAAAUGGCCAUGAAUGAUCUUAAAUACGGCAUUGGAGAGCUCCUGCUCAAUAUCGAAAUGUUCAUCUUCUCCAUCAUGCACCUCUGGGCUUUCCCCUGGAGGCCAUAUGUCAUUUCGAGCUCGGAAAGCGAGGUAACCGACUUCUACGGCGCUGGCAAGAGUUCUUACGAAGGCGGCAAAUGGGGCGUCAGGGCGCUAGUUGAUGCAAUGAACCCUCUGGACCUAUUCAAGGCCAUUGGACGCAGUGUUCGCUGGGUCUUCGUCGGUCGUAAGCGCCGCACCGAAGACAUCAGCUACCGGCAACACAACGAGACAAUCGGCCUCCAGACCUCCGGAGUCGACGGCACGGCCUACCAGGGCCCUGCGGGCUCUAUGAGUGGAGGCCGUUACGGCAUGGCCCCAGACGAGGAGGAUGCGAUACUAUUGGCAAACGCCCAGUCCAAUCCUGAAGCCUCGCACCUGGGUACCUCGCCCUACGGAGAGGAAGACGACUAUCUCCAUGGCGGUGGUCGCUAUUAUCCGCCGCACAGCCAGCCCUCGUACUACGACCCUACGCCGCCGCACAUCACACCUUAUGAACCCCACGAUGCCAUUCACAACCCUUAUCCGACAGGCCCGCUCACGGAGCAGGUCCCCAUGCCUAUUCCUGAGCCGUCAAUGCCGGUGCCGGAUCCUUACCAACCCCCACCGCCGUAUCCUGAAAGUUUCCAUCGUCCAUGA